AGCCUGCAAUACCAUAUACAACAUGAAAGCAUUCCGCUUUCUGAGGAAAAGCAAAUUUUAAGAGAAAUUAAACAGCUUGAAGGGACAAGGGAGAAAGUUAUUGUUAAAUGCUGCUAUGAGAGCAAAGCUUCAGGAUUCGAUGGUACAGAAAGAAGCCCUCCAAGAUCAAGUCAAGAUCAUAGGUGGUGAUUUGGAUGGAGUGAGGAAGGAACAACAAGCCAUUAGAGCCAAGAUAAAGCAACUCGAUGAUGCCUUGAAGGCAAUAGACAAUGAAAUUAAAACUUUGCAGGAUGAGCUAACUUCUAUUACAGAGAAGAGAGGCAGAGCUCACGAAAGCAUUCAGCAACUUAGGAAGAAUCGUGAUGAGGGGGUGUGUUGGAUUACUUGAUCUUACCAAUUUUAGUUAUAUAACUGUUUAUAUUGUUCUCUGCAGCAGGCCAGUUAAUGCUAGUUC